AUGCAGACCGCCAGGCCUGUGGCCGCCAAGGCCGCACGGCCGACGGUGAUCAGCCGCGGCCGUGUCGUGCGCGCCCGCGCCGCCGCCGCUGCCGAGUCCCCCGAGGAUAUGGGCUUCAAGACCAUGCGAGAUGGCGUCAAGGUCGCCGCUGACGAGACCCUGCUGACGCCUCGGUUCUACACUACCGACUUUGAUGAGAUGGAGCAGAUCUUCAGCCAGCAGAUCAACCCCAACCUCAACAUGGCCGAGCUGGACGCUAUGCUGGCUGAGUUCAGGAACGACUACAACCAGCGCCACUUCGUCCGCAACGAGACCUUCAAGGCCGCUGCCGAGAACAUCACCGGCCCCACCCGCAAGAUCUUCAUCGAGUUCCUGGAGCGCUCCUGCACCGCCGAGUUCUCGGGCUUCCUGCUCUACAAGGAGCUGGGGCGCCGCCUCAAGGACUGCAACCCCUGCGUCGCGGAGAUCUUCAUGCUGCUGUCGCGCGACGAGGCGCGCCACGCGGGCUUCCUCAACAAGGCCCUGUCUGACUUCAACCUCGCGCUGGACCUGGGCUUCCUGACCAAGAACAGGCGCGGCGGCAGCGACAGCAGCAGCGGCGGCUGGCCGCGGCUGGCAGGGGUACACGGCAGCUGGGCGGCGAGGGGCCUGGGCCUGUGCCGUCGGAAGUACACGUUCUUCAAGCCCAAGUUCAUCAUCUACGCCACCUACCUGUCCGAGAAGAUCGGCUACUGGCGCUACAUCUGCAUCUACCGCCACCUGCAGCGCAACCCCGACAGCCAGAUCUACCCCCUCUUCGAGUACUUUGAGAACUGGUGCCAGGACGAGAACCGCCACGGUGACUUCCUGGCUGCCGUGCUCAAGGCCAAGCCCGACCUGCUGGAGGGCACUGUGGCCAAGCUGUGGAGCCGCUUCUUCUGCCUGAGCGUGUACAUCACCAUGUACCUCAACGACAACCAGCGCUCCGCCUUCUACGAGUCCAUCGGCAUGAACACCAAGCUGUUCAACCAGCACGUGAUCAUCGAGACCAACAAGAGCACCGAGCGCCUCUUCCCCGCCGUGCCCGACGUGGAGAGCCCCGAGUUCUUCAUGCGCAUGGACCGCCUCGUGGAGUACAACUCCAAGCUCGUCGCCCUCGGCAAGAGCGACCUGCCCGCGCCGCUGCAGUCCCUCGCUCGCCUGCCCAUCAUCGAGCGCAUGGUGGCCGAGAUCUUCCAGAUCUUCAUCAUGAAGCCCAAGGACUGCGGCAGCGUCGACAUGCUGCCCGCGGCCGAGCAGGCGCAGGUCAUGUACUGA